AUGUCGCUCUCUCAGGGGCGGAGUUCUCGAUUGGGCGGACCCGUCAGCCCCGACAACGGCAUCGGUACGUACGACACGUCUACUCUAGUGUUGGUACAGUUAAUUCAACGGCACGGGGAUCAUACACCGUCAAAAUUUUACCAAGGUGAUCCCUAUGCCAACGACUCGUGGCCGGACGGGUUGGGCGCACUCACACCCAAAGGCAAACACCGUAUGUACGAAACGGGCCGACAGUUGCGGCACCGAUACGGCCAAUGGCUGGGAGUGUCGCCCAAAACAGUAUACCAACGGAGUUAUGGCGAGAGCCGGUGUCUAGAGAGCGCGUACGCCGUGUCCGCCGGUAUGUAUCGACCGGAGGGCCGCUGGGUAUGGGACCGACCGCUAGAGUUGGCCCACUUGUGGCAACCGAUGGCCGUACAGACAGUGCCCACCGAUAUAGACGCCCUGUUGAACGCCGCGGCCACGUGUCCGGUGGCGCUAGACAUUGAGACACAGCAGGCAAACUCAGCGGCGGCUAACGCCUAUAUAACAGAGCACCAAACGUUUGUGGAUCAGCUAAAUCGAUUAACCGGUGGCAAUUUUACCACGGUAGCGUCAUUGGGCACUUUAUACACAACCUUAUUUGCUGAGUUCGACUACGAUCCACCAAAACCCCCGCCCCCGUGGCUCCGGACGAUGGGUGUGAAGCGUACAAUGGCUCAGCUCAGGGCGUUUAUACUGAAACAGUUUCAUUUCUCAACAAAUACGGUGUUAGACCGGCGCUUACGGGCCGGCCCUCUAUACGGUGUAUUCAUAGACAAUAUGCAAACUGCUGUAGCUAUGGCAACCAAUAGCACCAUGGUCAAAGUAUACCACUACGUGGCCAACGAUUUGAACGUGUCGUAUAUGUAUCGGACGAUAAACGGUGUGGCGAUUGCACCGUCAGAGGGCUCGGCCCUAGUGUUUGAGUUGCACCUUAUUAACGGCCAAUAUAUUGUCAAGGUGUUUUACGCCGACAACAUAAACGAAACGUACGAGUUUGUAUGGUCUAGGGUGAAUAUGCCCAUGUGUAAGGCCACUAAUGAGCAAGUUGGUCAGUGCGGUUUGGACGUGUUUGCUGAAAGUCUGCAAAAUUAUAUACCGGUUACUUUUAUUACCAUUAUUCAAUGUUCGUGCGCACUAUCCGGACACCAACCCAUAAACAACAAUCCAUACGACACGUCAACACUAGUAUUGGUACAGAUAUUGCAAAAGAACGGUGACCAGGCGCCCAGCAGUUUCUACCCUAAUGAUCCCUACGCCAACGACACGUGGCCGGACGGGUUGGGCGCACUCACACCCAAAGGCAAGCGCCGUAUGUACACAACGGGCCAACACUGGUGGUACCGAUACGGCCAAUGGUAUGGCAUAUCACCAAAAACAAUAUACCAGAGAAGCGCGGCCGACGUGUUUUGUCUGGAGAGCGCGUACGCCGUGUCCGCCGGUAUGUAUCGACCGGAGGGCCGGUGGGUAUGGGACCGACCGCUAGAGUUGGCCCACUUGUGGCAACCGAUGGCCGUACAGACAGUGCCCUCGGCUAUAGACGCCCUAUUGAGUGUAAAGGCCACGUGUCCGGUAGCCCAAGACAUUGAAUCGCCACAAGUUAAUUCAUCGGCCGCGUUUGCCUACCUGGCCAACUAUCAAGCGUUUCUAACCAAGCUCAACCGUUAUACCGGGGGCAAUUAUACAAACAACUUAAGCGCAUUGGCCUCACUAUACGACACGCUGUACUGCGAACUCAAUUACGAUCCGCCAAAAGCGCCGCCCGCGUGGCUCCGGGCGAUGGGUGUCAACCAGACUAUGGCACAGCUCCGGGCGUUUCGGCUCAAAGACUUUUAUUUCUAUACGGAAACGGUGUUAAACCAGCGCUUACGGGGCGGACCCUUUGUCGGUGUAUUAAUAAGCAAUAUGCAAAAUGCCAUUGCUCUGGCGACAAAUAGCACCAGGUCGUCGUAUGGCUCGGCCCUAGUGUUUGAGUUGCACCUCAUUCAAGGCCAGUACAUUGUUAAAGUGUAUUACCUAAACGAACUUGAUGAUUUCAAUCUUGAAUGGAGUUAUGUCCAUUUGUCCAAGUGCAAAACCCGUAAUGACCCACUUGGUCAAUUGGACAGUGAUAUCAAUGCGGACACCGAUAGCGACGGACACGUGAUUUUGGGCCAACUUUCGCGAGCCAUCAGUGAGUUGUCGGUAAUUAAGUUACAAAAUCUUGAGCUCAGAGCACUUCUCCAAAAGUAUGUGUCCAUCGAUUUGAACGCAGACAAUGAGAUCACACAUUCCUCCGAGUCAUCAAAAUUGUCUGAAAAAUGGCCACAAUUUCCAUCACAAAAAUACGAGUUAACGCGGCGUUGGAUCGGCACUAAUGUCAACCAAUUGUGGCAUUACUUGCGAUCGACGACCAACUUGUCGUCGGCAACAAUGAGUGUCGUUAAUAAAAUCAGUGAACACUUAUUAUACGAUUUGGACAAAGAGCUGUGCCCAAAAACCAACAAGCUCGUUUGCCAACUCAACAAGUUCUGCGGCUUCGGGUGUCAAAUGCAUCACAUGGUCUACUGUAUGAUUGUCGCGAUGGCCACCAAUCGGACACUUAUAAUGAACGCCGAGUAUUGGAGUUACGCUCAGACCGCGGGCGGCAACGCGUCGGACGCCUCCCAGGGCUCGCGGGUCUGGGCGUCUGUUUUCCGGCCGUUGAGCGACACGUGUUUAGACGAAAGCGGCGCCAGUCGUGGCGCCUGGAGUUCGACUCCCGGAGCCGUCGACUUCUAUCAGGUCGUAGAUUUGCCAAUCAUUGAUGACAUAGUGGGAAAACGUCCCGACUAUUUGCCGCAGAGUAUACCCCAAGAGUUGUCCGCCGCGCUGACACAACUCCACGGCUCACCAUUUGUCUGGUUUGUCAGCCAAAUAGUCCGGUAUUUGAUGAGACCGUCGCCGGCAAUGGUGGCGUUCAUUACGCGGCAAAAACAUCGCUUCAAAUACCGACGCCCUAUAGUCGGCGUUCACGUGAGGCGUACCGAUAAAAUCGGUUCGGAAGCCGAGUUCCGGCCACUGAGUGAAUACAUGGCAGUUGUGGCCGACUAUUACGACCGAUUGGAUCGCGUCAAUAAACUCGGGGUAAAAGCGGACCGUUUGGUGUAUUUAGCGACCGAUGACUACACGGUGUGGACGAACGAAACGAAAGUAUUUGAACGCAAGGGCUAUGUAUUUAUUGGCGAUCCACAGAUAGCCCGUACGGCGGGUAUUGGCCGCCGGUAUUCAUCGGAUUCGUUACGGCAUAUAAUAUUAGACGUUUGGCUGUUAAGCGAAUCGGAUUUUCUGGUUUGCACUUUCAGUUCACAAGUGUGUCGUCUGGCGUACGAACUCAUGCAAACCGGGACUGACCACAAAGUGCCCGAUAAAUCCAACGCUUACCACUCGUUUGACGCCAUGUAUUACUUCGGCGGUCAAAGGGCUCACAACCGGAUCGCUGUCUUAAGUCACAGACAAAGCCAUAGACAAGAGUUGGAGCUUAGAGUUGGAGACAUUAUUGAAAGUCCUAGUAGUUUUUAUGCGGGCGAUCCCUACGCCAACGACACGUGGCCGGACGGGUUGGGCGCACUCACACCCAAAGGCAAGCGCCGUAUGUACGAAACGGGCCGACAGUUGCGGCACCGAUACGGCCAAUGGCUGGGAGUGUCGCCCAAAACAAUAUACCAACGAAGCGCACAAUUGAAUCGGACUCUGGAGAGCUCGUACGCCGUCGCCGCCGGUAUGUAUCGACCGGAGGGCCGGUGGGUAUGGGACCGACCGCUAGAUUUGGCCCACUUGUGGCAACCGAUGGCCGUACAGACAGUGCCCACCGCUAUAGACGCACUGUUGGGCAAUAAGGCUACGUGUCCUGUGGCUCAAGACAUACAGAGCCAAAACGCAAACUCAGCGGCGGCCGCCACUUAUGUGACUCAACACCAGGCGCUUGUGACCGAGAUCAACCAAUUGACAGGAAACAAUUUUAGUACAAUUAGUAGCUUGGCCGCUUUGCACGACACGCUGUACUGCGAACUCAAUUACGAUCCGCCAAAACCCCCGCCCCAGUGGCUCCGGUCGAUGGGUGUCAAGCGUACAAUGGCUGCGCUCAACCAGUUUAGGGUCGUUGAGCUUGCAUUGGCUACGGAUACUGUGUUAGUACAACGCCUGCGGGCCGGCCCUCUGGUUGGUGUAUUAAUUGGUAAUAUGCAGAAUGCGAUCGCAAUGUCGACCAAUAGUACCAGGGUGCAAGUCUAUCAUUAUGUGUCCGAUGAUAUAAUGGUAACAUUUGUAAACCGUAUGCUAAACGGCGAGGUUUUAUACCCUAUUGUUGGGUCUGCCCUAGUGUUUGAGUUGCAUCAAAUUAAAGGCCAAUAUAUUGUCAAGGUGCUUUAUGCAGGCACCAGCACCGAUUCGUACAAUAUUGAAUGGAGCAAGAUCAAGUUGCCUAAGUGUCAAUUGGCUAAUAAACCAAUUGGCCAGUGUGAUUUGAACACGUACUUGUCCCCGUGA